UGCACACUUGACUUCGAUAAUUUUAUCUAAUAACAUUACGAAUCUUUCGUAAAUUAUUUAAAAUGACAAAACUCUGUAUUAUUCUUUCUAUUUUAUUCGUCAUAGUUGCGGUCAAUAUGGCUGCUCCUGUAGAAGAUGACAGAUUAGAAAACUUAAUGGAACUCGAUGAUGAAUUCAGAGAGGACAUGGUCGAGGAACGAGCUGAUAGACAACGUCGAGUGACCUGUGACCUUUUAUCCUUUGGUGGGAUGAUUGGUUCAUCGGCUUGUGCGGCUAAUUGUCUUUCCAUGGGAAAAGCUGGAGGAUAUUGCAGCAGUGGUAUUUGCGUGUGUCGCAAAGAUUCUUUCAAGGAUUUGUGGAAUAAACGAUUUGGUUGAAAUCAACAAAUAUUUCUAUAUCGUCUACAUUCAACAUUUUGAUAAUUUAAUGUAUCACUUUUUCUUGUAAAA